AUGGCCUCAGACCUCAAAGGCAAAGUCGUCCUCAUCACCGGCGCCGGAAGCGGCAUUGGCCGCGCCACGGCCAUCAAGCUUCACAGCCUCGGCGCGCACCUCGCCCUAACGGAUCUCAACCUCGACGGCGUGCGCGAAACCCACCGCCUCUGCGGCGGCGCCCAAGAGCACUAUGCCGCGAAGCUCGACGUGUCGAGCAAAGACGAGGUCGAAUCCAGCAUCGCGGCGGUAGUAGCGCACUUCUCGAAUCGCAGCAUCGACCACGUCUUCAACUGCGCGGGCGUCAACCCGACGUCGUACGCGCUGACGGACACGACGGACGCGUACUGGGCGCUGCUGGUCGACGUCAACCUCAAGGGCACGUACCUCGUCACGCGCGCCGCCAUGCCGCACAUGACGGCCCCCGGCGGCUCCUUCGUCAACGUCUCGUCCAUCUGCGGCCUGCACCCCGUCGCCAACCAGGCCAUCUACUGCGCCACCAAGUACGGCAUCAUCGGCUUCAGCAAGAGCAUGGCCCUCGAGCUCGGCCCCAAGGGCAUCCGCUGCAAUGCCGUCGCGCCGGGCUACAUCGAUACGCCGACGAAUGCCGGCGUGGUCAAGGGGCCCGAGUACGUGAAGAGGAUGGAGCAGGGGAAUAGCUUGGGGAGACUGGGUACGCCGGAGGAGAUUGCAGAUGUGGUGGCGUUUUUGAUGAGUGGGGAGGCGAGAUAUAUGAACGGGAGCGUGGUGGAGAUUGAUGGAGGUCUGAAGGCUUAG